GUGUUCUAAAAACAGCAACCACUAAAAUAUUUAAACUUUGAAGAUAAUAUAAUUUAUUUUCAAAAACCACUUUCCUAUGGAAAAAGGAUUAGUCAUGAAUAAGGUUGAUGACAAGGAAACCUGAUAAAAGGCUGCCUGCAGUACAAGGGACAAAAGAGCCAGUGGUCUGAACUGGAAAUUGGCAGUGAAGAUGAAAAGUAAUGGACGGAUUCAGAAAUCAGCAGGACUUAGUGACUGACUGAUCAAAUGACCAAAAAAGAAAAAAAAAAAAAUCACACCAGCCCUAUUUUUCUGUCCCUGAUAACUGAGUGGAUGUCUGUCCUUCUGGCUCUGGCCAGUAUCACCUCUAAACACUAGGCCUGUUGGGCUUUCUGGAUCCACAUACCCAAGUCAUCAUGCUGUUUGGUGACGUCAUGCAUAUACCUUCACAAAGGCAGAUGAUGUGAGGGCAGUCACCUACAAUCCCAUCCUUCCCUGCUGUAGUAUUGGGUUUGCCUGUGAAAAGGCAGUUGGGUUGUGUCUCUCAAACCAUGGCCAUCUGUCGAUGGUGAUCUUUGUUUGGAGAACUUGAAAGGUCAGGUUUGGAGACGUCAUUAACGAACAUGGAACUGCCACAUAGAAAUCGCUUUUACUCCCUGAGAUGUUCCAGCAAAUCACUGUAUUCACCAUCAAGUUACACAUCAAUAAUACAGAGACAAAACCUUGUCUGUUAUCUCAGAAACCCACACUAUGGCAGCAUUAUUUAUGCUGAUGGUCAUGGAGAAGUGUGGACAGACUGGAAUGACAUGUCCAAGUUUUUACAGUACGGAUGGAGAUGCACCACUAAUGAGAACUCCUAUUCGAACCGUACCCUGGUAGGCAACUGGAAUCAGGAAAGAUACGACCUGAAGAAUAUUGUAAAGCCUAAACCUUUGCCUUCCCAGUUUGGACAUGCCUUCGAAACAACAUAUGAUGCAAACUACAACAGGAAGAAGCUACAGUCAGCACAUAGAUUUAAACGAGAGCCUCACUGGUUUCCUGGACAUCAGCCUGAGCUGGAUCCUCCUCACUACAAGUGCACAGCGAAGUCAGCUUACAUGACUGACUACUUAGAACCUCAGCCCACGCAUUAGUCCUGCUGUGUAUAUGAUCCAAGUGUGAACCAGUCUUAGGACCCGGGAAUCUGAAAAAGAAGAAGUAGCUUCAUUUUUGUCUAGAGUAGACUGUAGAAAGGAACACAUGCUAAGCAGACUCAACAUCACUCUCAACAUGGUUGCUGUCUAAAUAAAGCACAGCACACCAAAAAAAAAAAAAAAAUCUCCAUGUUGUUUACUCUAACUGUCCUGGUGAAUUUUUAUCAGCUUCACACAAACCUAAACAUAUCUGGGAGGAGGGAAUUUUAAUUGAGAAAUUAUCUCCACACGGUUGCCCUGUAGGCAAGCCUGUAAUGGGUGUAUUUUCUUGAUUAGUGAUUGAUGUAGGAGGGACUAUCCAACAGGGGGCAGUGCCAUUGUUGGGCUGGUGGUCCUGGGUGCUAUAGGAAAGCAGGUUGAGCAAAGCCACAGAGAACAAGCCAGCAAGCAGCACUUCUUUAUGGUUCUCUAGUUUCCUAUCUUGAGUUCCUGCCCUAACUUUCCUGGAUGAUGGACUUAAAAGCUCUAAACUGAAAUAAAUGCUUUCCUUCCCAAGUU